AUGCUGAUCUCAAUGGUGCCCGGGCUCGGAGACGCCGGCAUCCGCAAGCUCAACGUGGCGGGCUAUGCCACUACGUAUCAGUUGAUUGGAAAAUUUCUCCCCCUCAAUCGCAAUGAAGAGGAGUUUCUGGCAUUUUUGCUCAAGCAGGGCAACACCCGGCCUCAUGUCCACAACACGGCCCCGCUAGCUCUAUAA